UAGUUUAUUUUAAAUAAACAAUAUGUGUUGUAUAUGUAGUAUGUCUACACCAGGUGGCAGCAGUUCGAAAAAGAAAGGCGUCAGAGGUAAAUACAAGGGCAAGAAUGUUGAGGAGGAGCUCUCCAAAACACAAUCUGCCAAGUUACCGAUUGAGGUGCACGCAGAGACUGGCACCCCCGUAGGCAAGAACGGAAAAAAAUUCAACAAUAUGGCCAAAUGGAUGACUCGGAUGUCUAUCCCCAUUAAUAAAUUCAAAUGGGAAGAUGUCAGUAGAGCUGACAUCAACGCACUGUGGGAUAGACUUGAGACCAAGUUUAUCCUCCCACGAGAUAACCCUACAUUCGUAGACUACGGUGAGUACGAGAUGUCAAAGGGUUUACGUGACUGGAGGGCAGACUGCAAGAAGAAGUGGAUACAAAACAUUGAGGAGCUCGGACAGGAGAGGGCCGACAUGUCACCUCCUGAGGGAGUAACUCAAGAGGUGUGGAGUGACUGCAUCGCUUAUUGGAGCACAGACAAACAAAAGGUACAUUUUUUAAAAUUUUAAAUUUUGGUAAUGUUUAAUUUAUAUAGUCAAUAAUAAAUAAUUAAUUGUUAGAAAAAUUA